AUAAGUUCACUUCCGAGUUUUCCUCUCUUCCCAAUUUUCCCCUUCCAGUUUUCCGUCCUUCCACCCAUUCUUUUUCACCCCACUUCUUAAUUCUGCUGCAAAGUUGUUAAAUAUGCAGUCUUUGAUGAUUAGUUGUUUGGCCUCACUUAUCUCUGUCUUCUUCAUUCAAUUCACUCUGUUUGUGCUUGCUCUUUUCCUCCCCACCUCCUCCUUCUUCACUCUCCUUCCUCUCACAGCUCUGUUGAUUGUAAUUCUGGUGGGUUUGGGGAGAUGCUGCAAGAGGCUAGUGGGUGUGAAAGCUUGUGCCCCGGCUUUUGUUUUCCUUAGCAUAUUGUUUUUAUGGGUUGUUUAUUUUUCUGUGAUUCGACGAGUCACUUCAUAUUUGAUGGACAUUGUCUUCAACAUAGAGAUUGUCAUGCUGAUAGUUGGGUUAUAUCGUAUUAUGUUAAGCGAUCCAGGCUUUGUAAGAUGUGAUUCUUCCUAUCAUGAAAUGCCUGUCAGAAGUCCUCUCAAUGAAGAUGAAGCCCACAUAGAGGAGUUGGAGCCUUCAACUCAUCCCACACAGCAAGAAUCUCAUGCUGAAGAGGGUUUGAUAGUACGGAGGGGAAGAUAUUGCAAGUACUGUGAUGCAUAUGUGAAUGGUUUCGAUCACCAUUGUCCAGCUUUUGGAAACUGUAUAGGUGAAAAAAAUCAUUUCUUCUUUGUAUUGCUCCUGAUUGGAUUUGUAAUAUCUGAAGCUUCAUAUGUUGCAUGUGCAUCUCAGUUUGCUGCAAGAUUUCAGACUAUUGAUGAAGUUAAAAGGGUGACUUCUGCUUCAAGAAGUUUGGCCAUUAGUACAAUGUUGUUCUCUCUGUUUCAAGUUCUUUGGCAGGUGGUCUUUAUAAUGUGGCAUGUGUAUUGUGCUUGUUUUAACAUCAAAACUGAUGAGUGGUUCAUUUUUACAGAUAAAUUGGAAGACAUAUCCAGAAUUCCAGGUUCAAAUCAUUUCGGAUGCAGGCCUACCCCAAACGGACCUGCAAUUUAAAAAUCCAUAUGACAAAGGAAUUUUGAGGAAUCUGAAGGAGUUCCUGACAGCAAAAGGAUAAUGCUUAUGUAUGUUUAGUACGUGCCUUUGUUGUUUUACAAUAUUAAACUGCUUCCUUAUCCUGGGCAUUGGCGCACACAUGAAAUUCUUGACGAGGAGUCACGUGUUCAAGAUUGAAGACAUUAUUAAGUGGCCAAGGUAGGGAAGGAGCCGAGUCUUCCAUGCAUUGGAGAAAAGGGAUGCGGCCAUUUCCUCAAUUUGAAGAGUAGAGAAUUCUCUUCUUACCAGAAUUGAUGAUAUGAUUAGUGUAUGACCCGACCUCUAGCCACUAAUUUACGUACUAUUCAUUUUGAGAGAGUUUGAACCGAUCUUGCUUGGGCAUAGAGGUCGAGUGUUACAAAAAAAGGUGCAAAAUUUUUAUGUAACGGUCCAGACUUCGUGCUCAAUCGUUCACUUGAGUACGCUAGUUGUCUAAUUGAUAUCAAGAUUCAAUUUAACUAUCUCCUAAAAAAAUGUCAUGGGUUCGAAUUCUAGGAGCGUGGUAGAAAUUUGUGAGUAAAUAAGAGGGAAGCCCUCCCUUAGUGGAAAGUAUGUAGUGAACGAUCGAGCACAACCGUUACAAUUAGUAGAGAGUGCACAAUUUUAUUAUCUUGAACAAAAAAUGUGAAAAAGAAAAUUGUUGUACUUCUAGAUUUCCCACUUUAACUAUGGAUUGUUGUGUUUCCUGAAACUCUAAUGAUAUCAUUGCACUCUAUUGAAUGAUUUGGUAUA